AUGGCAUUGGCAGCAGCUCCUUCUACUUCCACUAAGUUAUAUUUUCCACUUGCCCUACUUGCAUGUUUCAUUUUGCUCACGCAAGCCAGCAGCCAUGGCUUCACUGCUGAUCUCAUCCACCGUGACUCCCCUCUCUCUCCCUUGUACAAUUCCUCCAUGUCCCACCUUGAUCGCCUCCACAACGCUUUCCGUCGAUCCGUGACACGUGUCCAUCACUUCAUAAAGCCAACAAUGACCUCCCUCUCAUCUUCUUCGGCCGCCCCAAAUAUCCAAUCCAAUAUAAUCCCAAGCGCGGGCGAAUAUCUCAUGAACGUUUCGAUUGGAACGCCGCCGGUUGAAGUCCUGGGAAUAGCUGACACCGGCAGCGAUCUCAUUUGGACACAAUGCAAGCCAUGCAAGCGGUGUUUCAACCAAAACCCGCCUCUCUUUGAUCCUAAAAAAUCCUCCACGUACCACUCAAUCCCAUGCCAGUCCAGUUCCUGCACCUAUCUCGAAGAAGCCGCUUGCGGCACCCUAAUUAACGGCGAUCACGACACGUGUGAGUACAGCUAUCGAUAUGGAGACCGUUCGUUCACUAGAGGGACUCUAGCUCUUGAGACCCUAACCGUUGGAUCUACCUCCGGCCGCCCAACUUCACUUCCAAAAGUUGUAUUCGGCUGUGGACAUGAAAAUGGUGGCACAUUUGACGAGUCCGGGUCUGGCUUGAUUGGCCUCGGAGGUGGCCCCCUUUCCCUCAUUUCUCAGCUCACGAAAUCGACCAACGGAGGGAAGUUUUCGUAUUGCUUGGUGCCCACAGCAAACACUGCAGCGAGCAAGAUAAGUUUUGGCAGAGCGGGUGUUGUCUCGGGUAGCGGCGCUGUUUCAACUCCUUUAGUUGCCAAAAAUCCUGACACUUUCUACUACCUCACACUUGAGGCCAUUAGUGUUGGAGAGAAGAGGUUGGCCUACAAAACAAAGUCACCAGAUUGCGAGGAAGCUGCCGUCGCUGCCAAUGAGGGGAAUAUUAUCAUCGACUCUGGAACUACAUUGACUCUCCUUCCUCCUGGAUUUCAUGAUGAUUUGGUGUCGGCAUUGGAGACCGCAAUCAACGCCGAGCGGGUUAGUGACCCAAGGGGGAUCCUGAGCCUUUGUUUUAAAAGCAAAAGUGAUGAUAUUGGUGUUCCUGUUAUAACUGCCCAUUUUAGUGGAGGUGCUGAUGUGAAGUUGCAGGCGUUGAACACAUUUGCUAGAAUGGACGAUGAUAUGAUUUGCUUCACAAUGAUACCGUCUAGUGAUGUGGCCAUAUUUGGGAACUUGGCUCAGAUGAACUUCCUGGUGGGUUAUGACCUCGAGGAAAGAAGUGUGUCCUUCAAGCCAACUGAUUGCACCAAGCAUUGA